UUUUACGCCACAUAGAUGUCACUAGAUUGUUUCCCCUACUACUUUGGUUUGUAACCGUUAGGGACAUGCGGGGUUAUAGAGUUGUCAGUACCAAACCUUCCUUUUCCGGUCCUGUUACUGAACCGUCAACAUGGGCAAACCCCGUGGUUUACGCACCGCUAGGAAGCACGUCAAUCAUCGCAGAGAACAGCGAUGGGCCGACAACGACUACAAAAAAGCCCAUUUGGGAACCCGCUGGAAGGCCAAUCCAUUUGGUGGAGCUUCCCACGCUAAAGGAAUUGUUUUGGAAAAAGUUGGUGUUGAAGCCAAACAGCCCAACUCCGCUAUUCGCAAGUGUGUGAGAGUGCAACUGAUCAAGAACGGCAAAAAGAUCACCGCGUUCGUACCUCGUGAUGGUUGCUUGAACCACAUCGAAGAAAACGACGAAGUCCUGGUGGCUGGUUUCGGUCGUAAGGGUCACGCCGUAGGUGAUAUUCCCGGCGUUCGUUUCAAGGUGGUCAAAGUAGCCAAUGUCUCCCUCUUAGCUUUGUACAAGGAAAAGAAGGAACGUCCGAGGUCGUAAGGGAUUAAGUUUUGUAAGAUUAAACAAUAAAAAUGAAAAAUAAGUUUUGUAUACUUGAUUGUAAAUGCAGAAUUUAAACCAAUAA